UCUUUUUAUGGCAAGGUCUGCUCGUUUGGCAAGACUGAUUUAACGACCAUAGUGCACGGUCAGUAUUCUUUAAUAGUACUCGCAUUUUCAUAGAUUUUCUUUGAAAAUUCAAAGGAGCGUUUUAGUGAGUUUUUAUAUGUAAUGUGGGUGACACUGAUACUAGUAAACCUCCUACUACUCGCUCUUCUAAUAUACUGUAUACCAUUCAUAUGGCGCAGAAGAAACUGGUUUAUAGCAGCAAGGAAAUUCGAUGGACCAGUGGCCUUUCCAAUAAUUGGAAACGCUUGGCUUUUUAUGUGCAAAAAUGAAGAAGUAUUAAUGCGAAUCCAUAACGUCAUUCAGAAGUAUGACCAAAAACCGAUAAGGUUCUGGUUAGGACCGACAUUGCUGGUUGCCAUAAAAAACCCCGAACAUGUCGACAAAAUCUUAACUUCAUCAAAGUUCGCCACCAAACAUGACAUAUAUGAUUUUAUUAAGAUCUAUUUAGGAGAAGGAUUAAUUAGCGGAUCGGGUUCUUUAUACAAACAGCACAGAAGAAUAAUUCAACCGAUAUUCGAUUUGAAUUUUGCCAAAGAGAGCGUGACAUUCAUACAGAAACAUGUGACCCUAUGCAUGAGUAAAUUUGAGAAUCACGUGCAUAAUGGAACAUUUGAUUGUCAUAGCGUUAUUCAUAAAUGCAUGGUUGAUAUUAUUAAAGAAAUCGUGCUGGGUUCAGACGAGCGCAGUCAGAUCAGUGGGCUAAGUGAAUUCGAUCAAGCUAUGCUAGACGUAUAUAAUUUUGGUUUCUCAAGAAUAGUUAAACCGUAUCUACAGCCCAAUGUUAUAUUCAAUUUGACCCCUUACAAGAAAGAACAGGAUAGGUUGCAAUCAAUUCUUAAAACGGCAAUAAAGAGAAUGGUCGAGGAGUCAAACAGGAGAAGGAAAAUUCAAAAACUCAACGACUUUUAUCCAGUCAUUGAUAGAAUAGCUGAUUACAUACAGGACAAUCCAGGCGUAAUAAGCGAGGAGGUGUUCAUGGACCAUAUACUCACAUUACAUGCUGCUGCCGAAGACACCUUGACUAUCAUCUCUUGCUUCCUGUCAAUAUGCUUUGGGAUGUAUCCGGAAUAUCAGGAGAUAGCAGCCAAUGAAGUGAGAAAAAUCAUGGGAGAUUCUCCGAGAGCAGUUGCACCAGAAGAUAUUUCCCAAUUAAAAUAUCUUGAUAUGUGUAUUAAAGAGGCAUUGCGAUUAUUCCCUAUAGCACCUGUGAUUUUGAGGAAAUGUUCUGAGGAUUUCCAACUAGAUAAAUGGCUUAUUCCAAACGAUUGCGCCAUAGCAGUUCCCAUAUUCAGCAUACAUCGAGACGAACGCUACUGGGAACAUCCCGACCAUUUUUACCCCGAUCAUUUUUUGCCAGAAGUGGUGAACAAGAGACACGUUUAUGCUUAUAUACCGUUUAGUGCUGGACCAAGGGGAUGUAUUGGAAAAAUUCUCGCAAACACUGGUCUAAAAGUGUUCAUCUGCAACCUUCUUCAGAGAUUUGAAAUUGAAGCUGACGGGAAACUGCCCGAUCUCGAACUGAAGAUGGACAUAUCGACUCGACCGAAACGCGGAUACUUUUUAAGGCUUAAAAAACGAGUGCUGUAAUUGGAAGAGAUCAUUUGCUUGCCCUCUUUAAUCUGUUCAACAGAAUGUCGUGUGCUAUGGUAUCAAAUGCCUUUGAGACGCUGACCAGAGCAUCAAAAAAUCU